AGCGUCUACUGGCAGACACUAACGAUACCAUAUUAAACAUACAAUUAUUAUUAUUAUAUAUAUACUUAUGAUGAUAUAUAUUAUUAUUAUUAUUAUUUUUUAGCACACAUGUAUCGUUCGGAAUGAAAAACUGAGCGUUACAUUUUGGGAAUAGUCAUCAGUCACUGUUACAAAACAGGAUUCAUCUGCGAUGUCAUCAACAAAUGAAUGGCAGCCGAGUGUCAUUGUUAAAAAAGGUAGCACUGUAAUAACAGUAGUCUAACAUGUAUCUCCGUUUACUACAUUUUAGUAACGAUCUAGUUGGCGUUAGACUCUAAUUAUAAGCAAUUCAUACAUUUUCCCAACUGUACCUGAAGGCAUCUUUGUUUUUUGCGUUGGUCGUCAUCAAGGAAGCUUCGCCUGACUAUAUCCAGCACUCACACAGACGAAUGUAUUUAUCCGUUGAAGGGAGAUGUCUGCUCUGUCUUCAGAGAUGGAGUCUCUGAACUGCGUCAUAUGCCUGGACCGUUUCAUGAUCCCGGUGACAAUCCCCUGCGGCCACACCUUUUGUCAUAAGUGCAUCACCAUCCACUGGGACACCAAAAGCAAGUCCCAAAUCGGACCCCAGUGCCCGAUCUGCAAUGAGAAGUUUGCCACCCGGCCCGUUCUCAAGCGCAACGUGUCCAUGUCGGUCCUGACCGAGGCUGCGAACAGCGCGGGCCCCUCCUGUCCAGAGUUGCUCAUGAGGGGGGCCGAAGGGACCAAGCUGCUGUGCGACCGCCAUAAAAAACCUCUGGUUUAUUACUGCAGGCAUGACAAGAUGUCCGUGUGUUGCGAGUGCGGCAUCUCUGAAUGCGUGAACCAUGAGAAGGUCAUGCUGGAGGAGGAAAGGGGUGCCCAAGAGCUGCUGCUGAAAAGGAAGAGGGAGGAGGUGGAGAAACUCACCGAGGAGACGCAGAAAAGUAUUUCGGACAUGGUUGAGAAUAUCGUCCAAGCUAAGGUGACUCUUCAGCAGACUUCUACCUGGGUCAGUGUCAAGUUCUCCUCCCUGAUUAAAAUACUGGCUGAGAAGCAGGAGGCUACAGAGCUCUUUGUUGAGGGGCAGAGAGAAGCUGCCGUCGCCGAGGCGGAGGCGAGGCUGGCUGAACUCGAGGAGCGCUCCCGGAUACUCCGAGAGAGCCAGGGACAGAUAGCAGCUGUGCUUGUCCUCUCUGAUACAGAUCUCAUCAAGAGAUCAAUGAUCCUCGAAGUUCCACGUUUCAAAGAUAUUCCCACAGACGUCACGCCGAACCUUCAAGAUCGACUGACCGGGGUCACCGACGUCCUGUCCAGAGUCUCUAAGCUGGUGUUUGAGGACCUGGAGAAAGCUGUGAGCGCCGCUGUGGGUCCGGACGAAGACGGUUCUCCUCAGGAUAAGAGGCCGGUCCUAGCUGUCGUUCCCAGUCCAGCUGCUCCGUGCCACCCGGGUGGGAAGGAGGGCCUCAAUGCUUACCGGUGCUCUCUGACCUUUGACCCCUGCACGGCCAACGGGCACCUGUUUCUCUCCCAGGAGGACCGCAGGGCGGAGCACCUGACCUCUGGGCCGCGCCCCGUUCCGGUCCAUGAAGCGCGCUUCGAUCACACGUGGCAGGUGCUCUGCUUACAGGGCUUCACUCGUGGACAGCACUACUGGGAGCUGGAGGUGUCCAAGCCCUGGGCCUACCUGGGGGUGACCUACGAGACCAUCCCCAGGAAGGAGAAGGGCAAGAGGUGCAUGGUGGGUAUGAACGAGCUGUCCUGGAGCCUGCAGCUGGACGAGCAUCAGCUCAGCGCCUGGCACAACGGCCGGCGGGAGACUCUGGCCGGAGCCUCGCAGCACGGCCGCAUCGGCAUGCUGCUGGACUACGAGGCGGGCACCCUCACCUACUACGGAGACGGGCAGACCAGGCUGCACGCGUUCCACUGUGCCUUCAGCCGGGAGCUGUUCCCCGCCUGCUGGAUCGGCGAGGGGGUCAGCGUCACCCUCUGCUCCACAUGAGCGGACUCACAAAAGGGAACGUGAAGAAGAAGAGGAAGAAGGGAGCUCGCUUUUGUUCCUGGGCAGAAUUCACCCACGGAAGGAUAUGAGCCAGUUGAUCAUGUUGUGCGUACGGGACGAUAAGUCACUGCUGGAUGUAGUGAAUAUAAUUCAUUUUAUUAGGCACUGCACUGCCCCCCCCUCCCUUGUACCGUGAGCACCGUAGGUGCCACCAAACCGUGGGCUGGACAUUACUACUGAGACUACAGAACUGAAAAAUGGAAUAACUGUUUUUCUCAUCUUGGGAUUUUAGCAUGAAUGCACAUGCAAUUGGCCUGUACAGUUUUCAACCUUUUAAUGCUGACUGUUGUGAUGGAAUCUGCUGUACUGUACAAAUAUUUUUUUUUAAAUGGGCUUUUGGCCUUUUUAAAAAAAAAAGAAGAAAAAAAAUGAUGAGCACUUGAGAGAAUAGCUGUGACCUUGAGACACUCCAGGCUCAGGACAUCAUGCAUCAGUAUUUGGGAAAGCUGCUGUGGAUUUGCACAAGUUGUCCAAGAACACAAACUUCUAAGAAAGGGAAAAGCACAUUUCCAGGGCUGUUUGAGCCUCAUGACAUGAAGCAUAACCUCUAGAAUAGGUGUACGUUACGUACGCUCAUGCACCAUGCUGUGUUUAAGUGAUUGAAUACCCAUCAAUUUGUGAUCGAGCGAUGCUCGGUGUGGAAAUAAAAAGGCAAAGAAAGUUGUUUUUGUUCAUGAAUCAAGAUCCAUUUAAUAAAAUCCAAUCCAAUGCAUACAUGCAUCAGUUGA